CCAUAGAAUAUGAAUUCCUGCAGUCACGAAAGUUUUAAGUAAAAAACAGACUACCCAAUUGUUAUGGCCCACGACACGUUGCCCUGUUGUGCCCCCUGGUGGCAGUAGUCAGCACUUGGCGCUCUUGUGGUGGUGGAUGAAGCAGAAAAAAAUUACUCUAAUAAUAAUGAUACCCUUCCCCCCACAUACAAAUAUAAACCCUUUUUUUAUACAUCCCAUCAGCCACACGGGCCUUCUGGGAGUGCAUAAUUUCAGCAGCAUUAACCUAACGCGUAUGCGUCUCGCAGCCAAUACAGUGUAAUGAUUUAUAAUUGAUGUUUUGGGUUAGGCUACAUAGUGAUUUGACUCGAGAACCUGUAUGACUUUCUCGAGCAGGGGUGGCCACCCUGUAACAGACCAAGAGCCAAAAAGUCCCCGUUGCCAAGAUCGCCGCUCUGACCUCUACGGAGGCGUACGACCGUCUCAAUCGCCGCGCGUAUUCAGGCCGCGGCGAGCGCCGCGAGUAGGUUCCGGGACCAUGGUGCGGUUGACAGCUGAGCUGAUCGGCCGGAGCGAGCAACACGUGCGUAGGAGGCGGGCAGAGCCCCUGGCACUCUACCUGGGCAGACUGACGCACCUGCACCUGGGAGAGAAGGACAUCGAGCAUGUGGAGGAUUUGUCGGCGUGCCGCAACCUUGCCGUUCUCUACCUCUAUGACAACCGGCUGAGCCGCAUGCCCAACCUGGCCUUUGCAAGCCACCUGACGCACCUGUACCUGCAGAACAACGCUCUGGAGCGCAUGGAAGGCCUUGCCAGCCUGCGACACCUCUCCAAACUGUACCUUGGAGGCAAUUCCAUCUCCGUGGUGGAGGGUGUGGAGAUGUUGAGCGAGCUCACGGAGCUACAUCUGGAGAACCAGCACCUGCCACCUGGGGAGAAGCUGCUGUUUGAUCCUCGCUGCCUGUCGACCUUGGCUGGCAGCCUGUGUGUCCUCAACGUGAGCGGGAAUGGCCUGGAGGAGCUGCAGGAGCUGACCUGCUUGAGUCAUAUGAUGCAGUUCAUGGCCUGUGAAAACCAGCUCACUGACCUGCAGACAUCCUGGAUGGAAAGGAGAUCAAAGAGAGUGCUCGCCAAUUCCUCCUCAAUUGGAAGGCUUCGCGGGAGGCGAAGAGGAAAGCUCAUGAACAAAUGUCGACAUUUGGAGAAGCCAGUGGAGAUCUGGUUGUGCAAACAGGAGACACAGAGGCCAGGCGGCGCAGCAUGCUGCUUGCCCUACCGCAGCACUACAUCUGCCCACCGCUAGCCGGGAGCGUCGUCCGUCCACGUCGAGUCACGGCCCCACCACGCAGCUACAGCCUGCCAGCCAUAGGCAACAACUAAACAUUUAGUGUGUCAGCCAUUAGCAGCAACUAAACACACAGCUUCUCAAGUACUCAAGCAACUGGCUGCUGACCAUUAUCAAAAACUAAACACAUUCUUUGCCAACAACUUAAUACAGCGUGUCAGCCAUUAGCAACAACAAAGCACACACACACACAGCAUGUCAUCCAGCAUGUCAGCCAAUAACUAAACAGUCUGUUGUCCAUAAGCAACAACGAAACUCUGUCUUUCAGUUUUCAGCAAAAUACACACACCAGCAACAACACAUGGCCUGGCAGCCAUCAGAAGCAUUUACACACACGCAAUCUGGCUUGGGAGGCAGUGUAUUGGUGUAAUGACCAAGGCUUUAAGGAUUACAGUUUAAAACUGCUGACUUAGCAAGUUUACUGGAAGUGCUGUGAUAUGUGUUAGUAGUGCAUAGACACAAUUUACUCUUAUCGUUUUUGCAACUCUAGCCUGGAAUGAGAAACGUAAUGUGCACAUUUUGCAUUCACAUUUUGACGAAUCGGAUGACACAUCUUAAUUAGUUUCUUAAUUGUUUGCAAUGUAAACAUUGGUGUGAUUUUUUUUCAAUAUAUUAAGAUGAUAUUUGUCGGCAAUACAUGAAAGUGGCCAAAGAUCUCCAGGGUUAAAUACGAUCAUUUGAAUGCAGAUCAAGCAUGACGUGUAUAAGCCAUUCACGAACAUUGAAAGCAUCCAUUAAAUAAGUCUUAACAUGUCUCAUGAA